CCUUUUCAUCAUGUCGUGCCAGCUAUUUAUUUCCCGACCUCCUGGGGAAGUUGCGUUGCAUUUGCAAAGUGGAGUGGCAGAAGUCACUUCAAACACCACCAUCGAUCAACUCCAUACAGUAGAACUACAUCUCCUCAGCACUUGAAUAUGGCAGAUCCCUGGCAAGAGUCUUUUGACCACGCUGUUGCUGUGGCCAGAAAAGCUGGGAAAGUAAUCCGAGAUGCCCUUCAGAACGAGGUGAAGAUCAUGACCAAGAGCAGCACCGUGGACCUGGUGACCAAGACGGACCAGAGGGUGGAGAAGAUCAUCAUCGAGUCUGUCAAGGAGAAAUUCCCCACCCACAGCUUCAUUGGAGAGGAGUCUGUAGCGGCAGGGGAGCCCUGCAUCCUCACAGAUAACCCCACGUGGAUCGUAGACCCGGUGGACGGCACCACAAACUUUGUGCACGGGUUCCCCUUCGUAGCUUGUUCCAUUGGCUUCGCCGUGAACAAAGAGCUGGAGUUUGGCGUGGUGUACAGCGCUCUGGAGGAUAAGAUGUACACAGGCCGCAAGGGCAAAGGAGCCUUCUGCGAUGGAGAGAGACUGCAGGUGUCGGACCAGACAGACAUGCGGAGGACUCUGAUCAUCAGUGAGCUGGGCUCCAAUAGAGACCCGGAGGUGGUCGGCAAGAUCUUCUCCACCAUGCAGAAGAUCCUCUGCAUCCCCGUACACGGUAUCCGAGGCUCGGGGACGGCGGCCACUAACAUGUGCAUGGUGGCGUCUGGGGCGGUGGAGGCCUUCUUCGAGAUCGGCAUCCACUGCUGGGACAUCGCCGCCGGGGCCGUCAUCGUCACCGAGGCCGGGGGCGUACUCAUGGACGUGGACGGAGGACCAUUUGACCUGAUGUCAAGAAGAAUGGUGUCGGCUAAUAAUAAAGCCAUCGCUGACAGGAUCGUCAAAGAGAUAGAGAUUUUCCCCAAAGAGAGGGAUGACGUGGCCCCAAAGAAGUGAGCAUCCCAUGCCCCUCCAUCUUGAAAAUCACUGCCCCUUCCUGUUACACCUCCACGUACAGUGGUCCACUGCCCAGGGUGUGUAAAAGUCUUAUUGAAGGCUUAGUCGAAUGUUACAAU